AUGAGGAAAGGAAUGGCAGUGGUACCAUCUCUGUCAUCCAACGCCCCCCCAUCGUCAGCAGCCCUCCAGCCCGCGUCAGAGGCCAGCCAAGCAGAAGGCCAGGCAAGCCCAGCCGUCCUCGGAGCAUCCCCCCGAGCCAACCAGCCCCACAAGGAAGCACAGCCAAAGGCAGCAAAGCGACUACCCCUAGCAGCCCUAGCAUCCGGCUUCCAGGAGAUUAGCAGAGGAGCAGGGGCCAGCAGCCGAGCAUCCCUACAGAAGCAGCUUGCCCAGCCCGAGCUGCCGAGCUCUGCAGCCAGCCCCAAGGCGCAGCAGCGUCCGCCAAGCCGGGCCCCACCAGGCAGCAGCCGCCGAGCUCUAGCAAGCAGCCCGGCGAGCAAGACCCGCAGGAGCACCUAG